UGGGUGGGAGUGUGUGUGGGUGCGUGCCGUGCAGGCUGAGAGGAAGCAAAAUACGUUACCAUGCAAAUGAGUUAGACCAAUCAAAAGCGGAGACCAAACCCACAGCUGUCAGCUUUUUAGUGCGCGCUCUGUAUCCUUGUGGGUUUCUUUACUGAGUAUAAAGUGCUCGAUCCACGCGCCUUUACGCAGAGCUGCAUCCGUGCGCACAGAACGUGUUGUAUCCAGCCAUGGGUCUCCGAUGUGUCCAAUUCAUCCCUGCGGUGGUGCUGCUGAUUCUGGCAAUAGUUGGAAUCAUGCUGGUGGUGCUACCUACUACAGAGACAGAGGUCCCUCCUUCACACAUGUAUGGAAUCGUUCUGGAUGCAGGCUCAUCCCACACCUCCAUGUACAUCUACAAAUGGCCGGCUGACAAGCAAAACGACACAGGCAUAGUUAUCCAGCACGGCGAGUGUCAUGCCAAAGGUGGAGGGAUAUCAAGCUAUGCUGGUGUUCGCGGAGGUGCAGCAAAAAGUCUGGAGGCCUGUAUGGAACAAGCUACGAAACAGAUCCCCAGCUUCAGACACAAGCAGACUCCUCUCUAUCUGGGAGCCACUGCAGGGAUGAGGCUCUUGAGCAUAGUCAAUGGCUCAGAGUCCAGGCGGGUUCUGAAGGAAGUGGAAACCAAGCUGAAGUCUUAUCCUUUCAAGUUCAAAGAGGCCACCAUCCUGAGCGGACAGGAGGAGGGCGCGUAUGGAUGGGUCACGGUUAACUACCUACUGGAGAACUUUGUCAAGUACGGUUUCGUCGGGCGUUGGCUGAAUCCCGGCAGAGCCACAAUCGGCGCCUUGGAUUUGGGAGGGGCUUCCACUCAGAUCACCUUCCAGACCUCAGACCCGGUGGAGGACAAAGCCAAUGGGAUGGAGCUGAAGCUGUACGGACAGACCUAUACACUGUACACCCAGAGCUUCCUCUGCUACGGACAGGACCAGUUCCUCAGGAAACUCCUGGCUUAUCUCAUCAUGACUCAAGGUGUGAAGUCCAAGGUGAACCAUCCCUGCUAUCCACAAAACUUCAACACUACCGUCAUGCUGGGGCCGGACGUCUUUGACUCCCCGUGCACUAAGGGGUACAGACCGACCAAGUUUAACCCCCUGAUGUCUGUGUCGGUUGUGGGCACAGGAGACUACCAGAGCUGCCUGGACAACGUCACAAAGAUGUUCUCCUUCAACAACUGCUCCUUCUCCAAGUGCUCCUUUGAGGGAGUCUUCCAGCCCAACCUGAAAGGAAGCUUCAUGGCUUUCUCUGCCUUCUUCUUCACUCACAGCUACAUCAACCGCCUCACCAACAUCUCCCUCACGUCUCCUAAUCGAAUGAAGGAGGCAAUCCGACUCGUCUGCAACAUGAGCAUCUCUGAGCUGAGUGAGAAGACGAAGCAGCAAGAGAAGCACAUGAAGAACGUCUGUGCCGUCGCCAAUUUCGUCCAGGUGCUCUUGACGGAGGGAUAUGGCUUCGAUGAGCGCUCACUGCCAACCAUCACUUUUCAGAAAAAGGCUGGAGGAGCGUCUGUCGGCUGGGCUCUGGGCUACAUGCUGAGUCUGAGCAGUAUGGUACCAGCGGAGAGACUUGCACUGAUGAAGGCUGUGCCCUCAGGACCCUGGGCUGGCGUCCUCUUCCUCUUCAUAGCCCUCCUCUUCUUUGCACUGGGGUACAUGUUGAUUGUCUACAGGAACACAAGAUCCAAAGAAGGCAUGGUGUAAGAGGGAGAAUCACACGCCUCCUGCUCCUCUCACAUUAAGCACAAUUUGAUCUGAAACUCUCUCAAAAAGAAGACUGCAUGAACAUGUUCUAAAAUGUAAUCAAAGUAUUAUCAUGUCCUGCAUCAAUUUGUCGUGUCAAUCUCAAAACCCUCUCCUUGUUUCUGAGACACACAUCUCUCUGUGUCAUAGUUUUAUGUAAAUGCUUUGGACUGCUUGUUUUCGAUUACAGCCAAACUGAUCCCUUAAGGUGCAUUUCGACCAAGAGUUCUGGGAUCUUUUAGGCCCCAGAACUACAUUACCCUGAACUAAAAGGUUCCUGUGCCCCCAUUGUUGUCUGCGUUUUGACCGUGGGCUGAAGUCCUAAGUAUAUCGUGCAAAUCAGGCCAGUGACAUAUGGAGAAAAAAAAAUGUAUUAAAUAAUAUUUUGAAAUCUUACUAAAAAACUGUGUUUCAACAACUGUGUAAACUCCACAAACACUGUUACGUUCAGCCGAAAGUCCCAGGACCUUUGAAAAGUACCACCCCCAAAGCAGGGGCUUUUCAGGGGGAGAUUAACUACCCCUGAACUAAAUUUAGAGCCUGGUUCCUCCGGUUGAAACGCAUGUAGUUCAGGGGUAAAGUCCCUAGUUCCGGGGUAAAGUUCCUGCGGUUGAAAAACGCCUUUAGUUGACAACGUAAAGGUUUGCCUGUUUCCUCCAAGAAUGUUCAGUCAGCUUCAGGUGCCCUCAGUAAUUAUUAGUCUUAAUGGUUCAGUCUUUCUCUUCCACAUGUCUUGUUACUUCUUUGUAAUUAGACUGAAAAUGUACCUUUAAAUGCAGAAUCUUAGCCAGGUAUGAAGUGUGUCGUUUACACUUACAACCUUUUUUUUGUAAUCAGUAAUAUCUGAAUGUGUUUUUGUAACCUCUGUUUCUUUUGUCCAGUGUUUUUUGUAACAUUUGAUCUUUGCAAAUUUUAUUUUUUUACUUUUUUUUGAAGAACAUAGAGUCUUUAAUGUGCUGUAAAAAUAAAUUUGACUUGACUUUUCAUCCUGUUAUGAAAACA